CCAAUGUAAUCUAUUUACUUCGUUUUGACACUGAAGACCAAAAUUAGCAGACGACGAAAAUGUUUAUGGCAGCAACCAAUAAGUUAUCAAACAAUAUAAAUAAUUCGCAUCAAUUUUAAAACGCUAUACAAAAAUAUAUAAAAAUAAAUAUGAACCAAAGUCAAAGUAACCAAACAUCUGUAGUUCUGUUUGCUGAUCCACCAGCUUUAGAUGAUCUGUGUGUGAUAUCAGUUUGUGUUAAUAAAUUAUUACAGACAGUUCCAUCUACAUCAAGGUUUCAGAUACAAACAAUAAAAUGCAGGGAGAUAAUCUUUACUGAACCUGAUGUAAUUGCUUCACCGUCUUUUGAGUUAGAGUCUAUAUUUCAUGUUGUUCUGCAGCAAGCACUUUUCAAGACUGGAAGACUUCAAGCAAGAUUUCAAAAACUUGGAUUAGAGAUAAGUAAAGCAUCCUUGGUGACACCAGCACAGUAUCAGUCAUGUCUGAGGUAUACCUUGCUGGCAAAAUUAGCUCCUAACUGGAACAAAGCAGGACAGUGGCUUAUUCAAGGGAGAGAUUUUCUUAUGCAAGCUGGAUAUGCAAAUGCUGUCAAAAUGGAUUUGACCGUCACAAAUGGAGAACUGUUUUUCACAGUAGAUGCUUCAACAGUUAGAUUUCCCAGUUUAACGAUAGAAGAUUUAGAUGUUCCUGCUCCAUGCUACAACAACUUUCUUCAGAAUAAAUCUGCAAUUAUUCACCAAAAUUCUAUUCCUAUGGUAUGGUGUCAUAUUUUACCAAGUAUGAAGAAAGGAACUAUUGUUAAUAUAACACAUGAGCUGCCUAAUGAUGGGCCUUUCAGAUCCUAUAAAGAACUAAAAAGACAUUGGAAAAACCAUUAUGGUUACAGAUUGCCAGAAGAAGAGGACGGCAUGAUUUAUUACCAGAUAAACUUUAGACCGCUUGGAGAAAGACUGUUCUCAUACCCAGAGCCCUGUUUAAGAGCAAGAGAUAUACAGAGAAUAUCAAGAGUAGACCCUAAACCUAUUUUAAUUUCUUUCUUACAAGAUUUGCAGAAAAAGAUGCCUAGAAUUUGUGGGUUUCCACUGAAGCUACACAGUAAAGCUUGUUAUCCUACCAUAGACCUAACAGAAGUUACAAAGGUUGAGAAAAGACCUAUGCAAAAUUUAAGUACGAAGAUUCCACAAAAGAAAAUAAUUUACAGAAAUAAUGAUGAUAUUCAGAAACUUAUUUCAAAAGUUCCAGAGAGUCAUACAUCAUCAAAACGAGAUCACAUAUUACCAGUAUCUUCUGGUGGUAAACGAGAUCAUAUAUUACCAGUAUCUUCUGGUGGUCAUAUAUCAUCAAAACCAGAUCAUAUAUUACUAGUAUCUUGUGGUGGUGAACGAGAUCACAUAUUACCAGUAUCCUGUGGUGGUGAACGAGAUCAUAUAUUACCAGUAUCUUCUGGUGAUGAUAACCAGGCUAGUUUAAAAGCAACACAACUUGCUAAUAAUGGCUAUUUGAGUCAAAACACUUGUGCAGCUUCAGAUGUACAGAGUCAUAUAUCAAAGUUUCAAGAACAUAGCCGAGAAAAGAAUUGUGAUACUUCAUCAUAUAUACAUGAAAGCACUUCCACUGAUAAGUUGGGCAUACAAGAACUGUCAUUAAAUGCAAGUACUAGCAAUGAUACAUCUAGCACAUGUUUAGAAGGAAAACAUAAAACUGUUCCAGUUUUCAAAACAGUGGUAAGACGAGCAAGUCAUAGUGAACAAUCAUCAACACAACCAGAGUCUCAAAUAUUAGUACCUAUAUUUAGGGCAAAGACAUUCAAACCUUCUACAGUUCGAUAUCCAUCAUUACAAAAUGAAGUUCAUAAUAGACAAAAUACGGUGGACAAUGCAGAUAAUUAUAUCAGUGAUUUAAACAGUGAAAACAACACAAAAUCUGUUAGUAUUCCAAGCUUCCAUGCAAAGAAAACUACAAAUGAACAUUCUUCAAAAGGAAAUAUGAAACAGCCAUUGAAAAGAGUGGGAAAUUUGAAUUUCAAUACUAAAGCAGCACCUAAAAUGAGUUCCAAUUUAGGUAGUAAGAAAAAUCAGACUGCAGAUUUAUCAGCAUCUAAGAAACAUUCUGGUUCAGCAGUGAAUGUAUCAUCUCAUUCAAGAAAUGUCAAUGUUUAUGAUCAAUCUCCUUCUAGGAAUUCUCCACUAAUGCCAUCAUCUUUUAAUGAAAAUAGCCAGUCAUCUACAGCUACAUCUUACAGUUUUCAGAGACCUGUGGGUACAGUACCAUCCACACCUAAAUCUCAUACACAUGUACCUGGUAUGCCUAAAUCUCAUACACAUGUACCAUCCACACCUAAUUCUCAUACACAUGUACCAGCCACACCUAAAUCUCAUACACAUGUACCAGCCACACCUAAAUAUCACACACCAGUACACACUACUCCUAGAGGUAACAUGUCACAUGUUAAAGGAAUGGCUUCAACACCUCGUACUCCAGUGAUGAAAAGACCUUGUCCAUCAAGCAAUGAGAGUACUCCAGUUAUGAAGAAACCAAGACCAAAACAACAAGUGCAAGAUGUAAAUGUAGAAACAAUGGCUAGAUCUAACCAGCUUAACAAAGUAAACACAGUUACACUGAUAAGCUGGCUGAAAGAAAGAGGAAUAACAUGCAAGGCCAAGGACAAGAAAGGAGAUCUAGUUGAAAAAGCAUUGAAAUUAUUGAAUUUAAGUGUGCCUGAACAGUAACCUUCCACAGAACUGUUGGUUAUCAAGCUUGUCAAAAACUGUGAUACAUUAUUGAAAAACAGUGAUUUAUUGUUAAAAACUGUGAUAUUAUUAUUAUUUUAUACAGCUGUUGAUUACUCUAUUAUAAAGUAAAUUGUUUAAUGUUCUAA